CUUCUGAUCCUAACUCGAUCGCUUCCUCCACCCUCCGUUCCUUAAGACACUCUGCAGCCUGGCGCCCAUUGUUUUUGCUUUCUCUCGUUACAUUGAUUGCCCCCCCCUGCUUGUUUGCACUGGGAGCCAUAGGGGGGUUUGUUCAAUUGUUUGCAACUUGUCCUUGUUCUCGUCCUAUUGCUUCUGUAGUCCCGCACGCUCAACGACCGUUUACGAUAUAAUUGUUUCACGAUGGCAUUCCUCUUUAAGUCGAAGAAGAACCACACUCCCAGCCUGCCUCCAGCAACGAGAAGUCUUAAUACCUCCGAAGGAGCCCCGUCAGCGCCUGGGCCGGCGCUCAAUGGCCCCAAAGAACGCGAUGGAGCGAAUUCGCACACUCCCACUCCCAGCAGUAGCUAUAACAACUCCUUAAAUUCCGUGAAUAGCGCCGGAAGUCCUGAUCAUCCGCGAAUGCGACAACGCGCAGAGUCUGAGUCGCAGACUCCGCGAUCUCAUCCGAGCAUUUCCAGUAAUUCUCCGAAUAGUAGCCCCGGUGCAUCCCUUUACCCCUGGUCGCAGCGUCGACUGAACUUCUCCUCGCCUCAGGCAAGCCCGUUCCCGCGUUAUGGUGCUGCAAUCAAUUCCGUUGCCUCGAAAGAAGGCGAUAUAUAUAUGAUGGGUGGUCUGAUAGACGGUUCGACCGUGAAGGGGGACCUGUGGAUGAUGGAAAGCAGCAGUGGGAAUCUGUCAUGCUUUCCGAUCGCUACAAUAUCAGAAGGACCUGGGCCGCGAGUUGGACAUGCAAGCUUAUUGGUCGGGAAUGCGUUCAUAGUAUUCGGAGGUGAUACCAAGGUGGACGAGAAUGAUACGCUAGAUGACACACUCUACCUUCUAAAUACAUCCUCUCGACAAUGGUCGCGCUCCAUACCUCCAGGCCCCCGACCUACUGGACGUUACGGUCACACUAUAAACAUUCUAGGCUCCAGAUUAUACGUCUUUGGAGGGCAGGUGGAGGGAUUUUUCUUCAAUGAUCUCGUUGCCUUUGACCUAAACCAGCUCCAAAACCCUAGCAAUAAGUGGGAGUUUCUAAUCCAGAACAGCCACGACGGCGGACCUUCACCCGGUCAAAUUCCCCCGGCCAGAACCAACCACACCAUCGUCGGUUUCAAUGACAAACUGUACCUGUUUGGCGGAACAAACGGGUUGCAGUGGUUCAAUGAUGUCUGGUCUUAUGACCCUCGCUCCAACAGUUGGACUCAACUGGACUGUGUCGGAUUCAUCCCAGCCCCCCGUGAAGGACACGCCGCGGCCCUGGUAAAUGAUGUCAUGUAUAUCUUCGGUGGACGCACAGAUGAGGGUAUCGACCUUGGCGAUCUAGCAGCUUUUCGCAUCACAACACGACGUUGGUAUUCAUUCCAGAAUAUGGGACCUGCCCCUUCACCAAGGUCAGGGCAUAGUAUGACCGCAUUUGGAAAACAGAUCAUCGUUUUGGCUGGUGAGCCAAGCUCCGCGCCAAGGGACCCCGUGGAACUCAGCAUGGCAUACAUACUUGACACCUCAAAGAUUCGUUAUCCAACAGACGCCCAAAACGGGGAGCGGGCACCGUCUGCCGCCGCUACUGUGAGAAAACCAACUGCCACGGAGAAGCAGGUUCAACAACAAGCCAACCGAACAUCUCGCGAAGCUCAGACCCCGCCAUCGGAUGCGCAACGGAGAGGACAGGGACCAUCUCGGGAGAGUAUGGUUAGUCCUAUUGGGAGACCCACGGAUCUAGGCCCUGGUCUAGGACCAGGAUCCCGGCUUCCGCGCGCAUCUAUUGCGCAGGCGCCACAAGGACCUCCCCCCCCGGGACAGGCUCCGACACCCGGUCCAAGAGGCAACACACCCCAGCAUGCCAUGAGCCCGAGAAGCAAAACUCCGCCAAAGCUAGACCGUGGGUAUGGCGGCCCCCCAGUGGAUACCGCCCGGGCCAUGGCAAGUGAUAGGGAUAGAGAUUCAGCGGCAAGGGAAUCACCAAGAGAGUUCAAGAGCCCUCAAGAGGCAAAUGGACAUCGUACCCAGCAGUCCUCACGCAUGUCUGCUAGAGCGAUGGAGGCAGGCGAAGCUGCGCCCCUGAUCAGCGCCCCUGCGCGCCAACGCUCUCUCCGACAGCGACAGCGUGGUUCCAUGGACAGUGCCGAUGAAUCCAUCCUCGGUCGACAUGCAAGUAUUGACAGCUCGAUGGAUUCAAGGACCUACAGAAACUCGAAAACCAUGGGCGACGAACCCCGAUCGCCUAGGUUGACAGCUCAUCAGGAAGCCUUGAUUAAGGAGCUAGAAGCGGUGAAAGGCCGCAAUGCAUGGUACGCGUCGGAGCUCGCUUUGGCCAAGAAAGCCGGUUAUACACCCAACAUCUCAGGGAGCUCUGUGCUGGACGAGCGUACAGCAGAUGCGUUUGCUGAUGAGGAUCGCCCCUUGAUUGAGGCAUUCCUCGCUAUGAGGGCCGAACUAGCCAAAAUGCAGGCCACCGUGGACCGCCAAGCUGCCAUAGCAUCCAAACGCGUCGCCGAGGUUGAACAUCAGAGAGAUGUGGCGGUGAAUGAGGCAGCCUACUCUCGCGCCAAACUUGCUGCACAUGGAGGAAGUCAACAAGGUACACCAUUAUCUGACGGACAAUCUCGAGACUUGGAGGACGCGGUCUCCGAGCGUACAACAGAUCUGAGCAGAAGGCUCGCUGUCGCUAUUGCGUCUCAGAACGAAUUGAGAUCCAGGUUGGAAGUGAUGGCUACUGAAAUAGAGCAAGAAAAGCGGGGCCGAGAGUUAGCAGAAGAGACAUGUGAAGCCACAAGGAGGAGAUUGGCUGAGUUGGAGAUACAGAACAACCCCCUAGAAGCAGAAAGUUUGCGUGCCCAGCUUCAUGGGAUUGAAGCGUCUCUGAGAGAGGAGUCGAUUCUACGAUCCGAAGCCGAGUCAUCUUUGAAGCAGUUGACCUUGGAUAAAGAGGAGCUUUUGAAAAGACUGGACGAUUCUUCCACUCGGUUAAAGGACUUUGGCAAUAACCUCGGUGGCCUUAGAGAGGCCGUGACUGCAUCUUCCAAUAAAGCCACCCUCCUCGAGAAGCAAUUAGACGAGGAACGAGAACGUCGUGAAGGCCUGGAGAGAAAGUUGUUGCAACUUCGGUCCGAGCACGAAGAACGAACUUCCGAGUUGGAGAACGCUACGCGCCGCCUGCGGGAUGCAGAGGAGCUCGCUGAGAGCCACGCCAGGGAAGCUGAAACGCACAAGAAUGCAUUCCUCACUGGUCUUGACCGAGCCUCUUCGUUCGAUUCAGAUACCUCGAUGCGGUCCCUGGCCGAUCAACGCGUGACUAUCGCCGAAGCACAGGUGGAGAGCGCGAAUAAGCUCGCGAAAGCCAGCCAAGCGGCUGCCGAUGAGGCGGCGGAGAAAUUGAGACGUGCCGAGGAAAGGAUUGCAGGGUUAGAGGCGUACCAGGAACAGGCUAGCCGGGAGGGUCUACAGCUCCGAAGGCAGUUGCAGGCAGCGCUGAAAGACUCUCAGAUGUACAGCGCUGAGAAUAAGGAGCUCAAGGCCCAGCUCGAAAACCACCAGCGCGAAGCUGGAGCUUUGGCCAUCCAACACAAUGCCCUCAAAGACCUCCUCGGUGAACGCGGAGCCCUCUACUCUGAUAAUAGACGCUCCCCGCGCCUUGAAUCUCCCGGAUCUCGAUUCGGCACCCCCGAGCAGACCAGACUACGGGAACUGGAGCAACAGCUCUCCACCAGUAUCAAGGCUCAUGAAGAACUCAAAUCUUCAGUUGAGACUCGCGAGCAAGAAGCCGACCGUGCCUAUAGGGAGAAGUUGGAGCAGCUUGAGAAUGACUACCAAUCCGCCGUCCAUUACGUGAAAGGGACCGAAAAGAUGCUCAAACGGAUGAAGGAUGAACUGGCUCGAUACAAAAUACAGAACGCGAAGAUCCAGUCCGAACUGGAAGCAGCCCAAAGCAACCUUGCUCAAACUCCUGCCACGGCGUCGGACGCUCCAGCGGAAUGGGAGGCGGAGCGCUCCAGGCUUCAAGAGUCGAUAGCUGAGCUGCAGGAAGAUACAGCAUCGUCAAUUGCCAACCUAGAGGAGCAAAUUACGAGGUUGAAGGAAAGUCUCUCUUCAGUGGAGUCCGAACGAAGCAAAUAUGAGGCGGAUUACGAAGCAAUUCAACAGCAGUUCAUAGCGACUACCGAGAACAGCCGAUCUGAGUUGGACCAACUCAAGCACGAGAAUUCUUUGCUCGAAACUCGCGCAGCGGAUGCGGAGCAGAAGGUCAACAUGCUCCUCGAUCAAGUCGAGGCAUCCGUUGGGCAUUACCGUCGCCAGUCGCAGCAUGGGCAAGGUCCAAACGGGAUCUCCCGUACACAUAGUAACGCUUCGAGUAAUACUAUCGGCGCUGGGGUUGGGCGUUCAAGGGCCAACAGCGCAGUGUCUCAGGAUGACAGCUUCCUCGAUAACCGUGGCUCCAUGGCGCUUGACUCGCUCGCCAAUGAGUUGGAAACCCUGCGCAGCCACUGGGAGAGUACCAAUCGCAACUACCGGUUGAGCACCCAGUCGGACUACGACCGAACCCCAACAAAGGAGUCGGGGCUCAGCGACAGCCUGGCGGAGUGGAGGCGGCGAUUGGACGAAGAAGAGACGAGAGAACCCUCUCCGGACAAAAGUAGGCCUCACAAUGCUGCCGAAGAACCGGCAACCGCGAAUAUGAUCUGAGCAGCUCAGUGAGCACUCCUUCAUGACUUGUCUAUAUCUUAUUGGGAGCUAUAUCAUAAAACGUCUGAGCACGUUGAUUUGGGUCCCCGGGCUUUGGAAGCCCUUAAUCGGGCCUUUUUCUUUUCUUUUCUUUUCUUUUCUUUUUUUUUUUUUUUGCGACAGUUUAUCUGUGUUUCCUCUGUCCUUGUAUCUCCGUUCGUUCUUUCUGCCUUUGUAUUAGCUUAUGA